GAAUGCAUUUCUUGCUUUGACACUGAACGUAAAAUCUUAACCUACGCAACUUCUAUUUCAAAGUAUUACAAUUCGUUUGAAAUAUCAAUUUGCAGGUGCGUUAUUUUUUUUCUGUGAUUUCUGGACCAAAGUAAAUAUUUGAACAAAAUGAAAUCGAGUAGACAGGUCUUAGUAAAUCGUCUUAAUAUGCAUACAGAUUUUAAAAAAAAAAAAGCAAGGCCGUGAAUUCAAUAACAUUUUCUCAAGGAUAUUAGAUUCGAUUACUUAGAAUUUGUUGAUAAAAUAAUGUGUGUGACGUAAGUAUAAUUUAAAAUUUUCUACUUUAAUGUAAAUCAGGGUUGGGACUAUCGUUGUCUCCCCAUUGGUUUAUGCUUAAAAUUAUUCUUAAAUCUGUCCUUAAAUAUUAUAAUUAUCAUCACAAUCUACUCAUUUAUUUUAUAUUAAAGUUUCGAGAGAGUGUAUUUUUUCCUUAGGGUUUACUGAUGUCAUAGCCGAUUAAUUCUCUCCAUGGUUAUAAGAUAUGAUUACAAAAAUUGAGAUGCAUAUGAGGCUUUCACUUAUUAUAAAUCUGGUGUACAUAAAACAUGUCUUUGAAAUAGAUUAAACCAUAAUGUAGAUCAGGAUCUAGGCUUGGGUGACUUCGAGUUGGUUUUACCUUUAAGAACCACACCAGACCGUCUACGUCAUUUGAGUUAGCUAUUACGAAAAGAAAUUAGUCUUCAACAUAAAAUUUGAACAAAAAAAAAUAUUUAAUUUAAGUUUUGACACUCGCACAUACAGAGAUCCAAGAAUGACGUCAGAGUCUGCUAAGCUCAUCAAUUUGCCGAAGCUCAUCAUAGAUUAUUUUAACGGGCACAAUGGAAACUCGACGAUGAAUGGUACGUAGACAAUUAAAUGUUUAACAUAUACGUAUAUAAAACAUAUUAAAAUUGUUUUUGGUUUUAAAUUGAAUUUCGAAAACAAUUUUGACCCUAACCCUAAAUAAGCAUGUUGCCAUAAUGGUCAAGAGGCCAAGCCGAGGUCGAACAUCCCAGGGUUCCUGUGGCGGUGUAUUGAUGUGGUGUUUUUUGUAAUGAUAUUUUAUACGAUUGUGUGUUCUCGUGUUAUGGUCAAGUCAUGUGAAGGUGUAUUCAUGCGAUGUGUGUUUAUAUGAUAGUGUUUUCGUGUGAUGUAGCUUUCAUGUAAUGGUCUAUUCAUUUUAUGGUGUAUUCAUGUCAUUGUGUUUUUUUUAAAUGUUUAUGUGACGUUUGUGUUCAUAAAAUUUCACGUGAUGUGGUGUCCUUGUGAUGGUGAGUUCAUGUGACGGUGUGUUCAUGUGAUGGUGUGUUCAUGUUACGGUGUGUUCAUGGGAUGCUGUGUUAAUGUUAUGGUGUGUUCAUGUUAUGGUGUGCUCUUGUGAUGAUGUGUUUAUUUGAUGGUGUGUUCAUGUGAUGGCGAGUUCUUGUGAUGGUGUGUUCAUAUGAUAUCAAAAGUGCGACCUGUCCUCAUUACAAAUCACCAGAAUUUAAGGUUUACGAGAUGAAUUAAAACGAUAUCCGUGUCUAACAUUCUUCCAUUGCAGUGGAUCUCGAGGCUCUGAAACAUUCAGUUGACGUCAAAUGGUAUGAGAUGUCUCCCGUCACACAAUCAGCCAAUGGAAUUACUAGGAAGGUAGGUCAACAAAUUGUGUUUUAUGAAUUACAGAUAUUUCCUAUACGUCGGAAAUUUAUAAGAAGAAUGAACAGAGUACUAAAAUUGAAUUUACAUUCAAAAGAGUUAAAUUUAAAAUAAUAAAUUGGAUUUCUUCAUUUAUUCCUUUCAUUAAACAUUCCUAUCAUUUAUUAUUGAAAUGUAUUCUAUCUUAUUUUACUUGUAAGAACUUAUUUGAAACAUUUGAAUGCUUUAAAAAAAAAAAAAUUAAGAGCUAUAAAUAGCUUUUUGUUCAACUGACGCCGCAUCUUACAGGUGGAGCUAAAGUAUGCAGGUCACCAGCAGGAGAUCUAUAGUGUGCUGGGUUUAGUUCAGAAUGUCAAGAAAGUACAAAGAGUCUCACUGGGAGGUGUAAUGGUGACAGGUGGGUCCAUUACAUACUGUCAGUGUCCUACUAACGUCUUUUUUUAAAAAAUCUUUCAACACUUUGGUUUCAUUUAACUGGUUUGCAGGUUUACUCCUUAAUCUGGCCGACUGGUUUUAGCGUAUGGAAGUGAAUCAUGCAUCUUCCAAGGACACCUCCUUUACCUCUGGCGUUUUAGGACCUAUUCUGUUCUCCAUGUACAUUAGCCAGCUUGGCAGAAUUAUUGAGAGGCAUGACAUAUCCCACAAAUUAUUUGCGGAUGAAAUCCAACUGUGCACGUUUUUCCGCCCUGCUCCUAUGGACUGUGCUGCGGCAGCUCAGACUGCCGAGGACUGCUGUGUUGUGGUGAAAUCAUGGAUGGCAUCAAACAGACUUAAAUGAAAUGACGAUAAGACCGAGGCAGUUACAUGACGCCAAUGUCCGGAAGGUUGCAAUCGCAUCAAUUAAAGAUGAUGUUUCUGAGGUCCGCGAGUCCACCACUGUCAGAGACCCUGGCAUCUACACUGGCAGUCAUAUCAUUUCUGUCCGCUUGUUUCUGUCAGCUCCGCGCCCUGUGUCAGUUGCGUCCUCAACUUAAUAAGAGAACAGCUAAUGCCGUAACAGUCACUCUUAUCCAAUCGAGAUUAGUUUACCUCAAAGCUAGCCUCAGAGACUCCAGAAGAUACAAACAAAUUCAGCACGCAUUUAUCGCGGAUAAAGAAAUCUGAACACAUCACCCAAGUUCUUAGUGAUCUCCACUGGCCUCCUGUGUGUGAGCGCAUUGACCACAAAAUUCUGUCCCUGGUGUGCAGCCUUGAGCAUGUUAAAAUGACAUGGCCACAAGCACUAUACCAGAAAUCAUCCUCAUCUUCUGUUUAAAUUUGGAAAUGUUGUCACAGCUAGACAUAUGUUCCACAGACACAACAGAGUUCCUGAAAUGAAGAUAGAUUGAACUUAUAUGUAUAUAUUUGUAUGUGUUAAAUUCAUGACAGCCACGUAUAUUCCUUUAUGUCAUUCUUGAGGAUGUUUUUUUCCCAGACAGGUUAGUAGAUAACUUUGUAGGUGCUGCCAUGAUGGGAGAGUAACAUUUGGAUUUGGGUCAUUAUUGUUAAAAUAACAAAUGGAAGAGGUGAAAUUAAUUUUAAAUGAAGUCAAUGUUUCAAUAGUCUACAAAUGUAUGAACAAUUUAAUCAUUUUUCAAAAGGUUUGCCUCAGCCAAUCAGAUUGCCGCUUUCGGCGCUACCAUCCAAAGUCCGUGAAAUAUUUGGUGACGAGCUAAUCAUCCGAGACAAAGUCACGUGGGAGACUAAAUCAGAGCACGAGGCACCCGAGCUUAACAGUAAGUCUCAAAUUAAUGGACGAGCCAAAGGGGGCAGACGUGUUGCCAUGGUGACGACAACAGAAUCGACAUGUGAAUGUAGGUAUUUAUGAAUGCAGCUGGUCCUAAACUUUUAUUUUGAUGUAACUAUAUAUAAUAUAAUCUUAUUACUAAAUAAAAACUCGACAUUUUUUUUAAAAUAAAAAACAUUGAUUAGAUAAAUCAUCAGUGCUGUUCCAUCGAUUUAUCGGCAGGUAAUCUGCAAUCUGAUAGGCCACACUUCCGAUAAAUCGGUAAUCGGCUAAUUGGGACCGUUGAAUCGGUUAAAUUGUUGUACUGAACAAAUCAAGAAGCUAGAUGCCAACCUUCAUGAUUUCUAGUCAAUAAGACGUGGGAGAUUAUAUCAAAAUGGGUCUAAAUUAGGUGUGUCCGAAACUCGGAGAAUGGUUUUUUUUACGAUGUACCCUCUGUUGGUGUUGUUUUUCUUCAUCGCUAACACGUGACGUCGUCCUGGCUAACACGUGACGUCAUUGCUAACACGUGACUUCAUUGCUACCACGGGACGUCGUCAUGGCUAAAACGUGACGUCGUCAUGGCUAGCACGUGACGUCGUCAUGGCUAACACGUGACGUCAUUGCUAACACGUGACGUCAUUGCUAAACGGGACGUCGUCAUGGCUAACACGUGACGUCGUCAUGGCUAACACGUGACGUCGUCAUGGCUAACACGUGACGUCAUUGCUAACACGUGACGUCAUUGCUACACCGGACGUCGUCAUGGCUAACACGUGACGUCGUCAUGGCUAACACGUGACGUCGUCAUGGCUAACACGUGACAAGUUGGACACCAAAAAAAGCUCACGUGAUAUGACGUAACACAAUCGUCGUACGCAUCGAUUAGUUAUUUGUUUUCCUUAAAAGCAGAGGUUCUCAAGCCUGUCGGUCGUGUCCCCUUUAAAGGUUAAUCGACCGUUUCACAGGGGGGUCGCGUAAGACCAUCGAAAAAACACGUAUACUCUACGUUUAUGAAGUAAAAACGAUAAAAUUAUUUUUGUGGUUGAAGGUCGCCACAUCAUGAUAAACUGUAUUAAAGGGUCACGGCAUUAUGAAGGUUGAGGACCAAUGCAUUACAGUUUCACAAAUGCUAAAUGUCGUUCCUACUAUUUAUAUUUUUUUAUUUAUUUAUUUUUUUUUGCGUUAACCACAGUAUCAUUCUGGUGGAUCAUGUUUUUUUGCACAAUUUGCAGAUUAUUUUGAAUGCACGGUCGAGCUUGAAAAUACAGUGCUCAUUCAGCUGACUCAAAAUGGCGAAGAUCAACACUACAGGGCAGACAUCGCACGCAUCGUGCAUGGCAUGAAGAGUAAAUUUCCGGUGGAGCUUGAACAGUUACACGCCUCUACGAGGGCAGACAUCACCAGGCCCAGAUCUCUCCCUUCGUCGGUGGUCACCUGGACACUGACUGGGGAAUGUGAGUUCAAGUGGAGUUCUCAGCCUGAUGUAAAAUGGACCUGAAAGAAACCGUUCCUGUUGGAGGAUUUAAAAAAAAAUAAUUUAUUGUUAGUUGCAUUGAAUCAAACACAGGGAACACAUCGUUUGGCGUUAGGGUCAGUGUCAGAAUAGGCUGUAAACAAUUACUUACAAGUUACUUAUAUAGAAUACUAGCCAGUAUACCCGGCGUUCAUUUGGUUUGCAUACGGGAGAAAUCUAAAGCAUUUUCAGUGUUCUCAUACAUCUAGGGCCCUUUCCCAACCUCUUCGCUAAAGUACCAGCAUUUAAAUUAAAACAUUUCCUCUUUUAGAAAUCUUGAUUAUAAUAGUAUUUUCAAACAUUUAAUUUGCAGCCCAAACUUUGUUAGUUAAUAUUCAAGCUGGAGCCAAUAAUUUUUUUUUUAAAAAUCAAUCUAGUUUGUCUUUAAAUGUGUUUUUUUUUUUCAAAGGGUAUUGACCAAUGUCAGAGCAAUAACCGUUUAUAUAUUACAUUAAAAUAAGGAUUUCCGGCCGGCAUCAAUUCAAAAAGAGGCUGGUUUAUUUUUCUCUCAGAUAAGCACUUCAUAAAAUAAAUUUAUAUACAUAUUCAAAUGAAGAACUCAAAUUGCAUGGUUGGGUUUUUUCAUUAAAUGUCAGAUGGGGAUUUUCAAAAGGUGUCACCAUUUAAAUUUAUAUUUUAUUUCGCGCCAAACAAGACUUAGGCUUUAGUAUUUUAGAUCUGUAUUUCCAUUUGGAUAUUGAACACGACUUAUUUUGAAAGGUGUCCCAUUAAAAAUUGGUUGAAAAAAC